AUGAGAGCAGCCCCUCACCGGUCAAGGCGCAGCUCCUGCAGGAACUUGCUUAGUGCACAUGUCUACACAGAGCUCCUGGCCCCUCGCCGAGUGAGAGGGAGGUUGAGAGAUGCCGCGGUAGAUUGUGGAGGCGGAGAGCUGAUUGAAGAGAAUGAAGGGAUGAGAGAGAAGAGAGGAGCAAAAUGUCAGCGUGCAGCGAACAGUCGUGAGGACACGACUGUGUGUGUGGCUGGACCCACGGGGGUCGGGUCAAAGCCAUCUUUUCACUUCUUCGUGGUGUGGUGCCAUGCACAGGGGGAGAAUGAGCCUUCUCCUGAUUUUAAGCAGCACGUGAGGGAGCAGGGCGCGCACACAGACCAGCUGAGUCGGCGGCAGGUGCGCGUGUACCAGCUGUACAGCCGCACGAGCGGCCGCCACGUGCAGAUCCAAGGACGGCGCGUGAGCGCUACAGCCGAGGACGGAAACACUUUCGCCAGGCUGUACGUGGAGACAGACACGUUUGGCAGCCGAGUGCGGAUCAAAGGGGCCGAGAGUGGUAGAUAUCUCUGCAUGAACCGCAAAGGAAAGCUGGUGGGAAAGGUUAGCGGCAGAGGAAGAGACUGUAUCUUCACCGAGAUCGUCCUAGAGAACAACUACACCGCCUUUCAGAAUGCCAAGUACGAGAGCUGGUAUAUAGCCUUCAGUAGAAAAGGAAGGCCAAUCAAGGCCUCCAAAACCAUGGAGAACCAAAGGGAAGUUCACUUUAUCAAGCGGCUCCACAAAGGUCCUCUUCCAUUCCCAAACUCAGACCGGCCCAAACACUUUGAGUUUAUCAGCUUUCCUCCGAUGCGACGAGCCAAGCGUAACAGAAAAUCACCUAUGGCUUCCUAACACUGGGCGGCACAGACCUAUAAGACUUUUUUUAUAUCUAAUAACAAAAAAGAGGAAGCUUUAUUUUUUAUAUUUUCAUAAUGAAUGGACAUGAUGACCACUCGUUAUAAAGGGGUGACUGUACAUAUAAGAUAAUGAAAGAGGAUGUAUAUAUUUAAUAAGCUCAGAAUGUACUUGUGUGUUGUGUGAGCGCUUCAUGAAGAGAUGGGAGAGACACUGAAUUAUAAAAUGUUCAGUAAUAA